AUGAUGUAAGAUUCAUUAUUUGCUGAAUCCUUUUGGAAUCCUAUUUCGCUCACUUCAUUUUCACAUGAUGAUGAUUAUAAUGUAAAUUUUUAGAUCUCAUUUAAUUUAGGUGUUUUAACUACACUCUGAAAACACCCCAGUAGUAAUUAGAGUCAUUGAUGGGUAAUUAUUAUCUAGUAGUUAAUAAUUGGAUUUAUCUCAAACAUACAUUACAUUAGAUGAGAAGGGAGUAACACUCUAAAAUCAAUUUGGAUAAAUUACAUACUCAGGGCCAUAAUUAUAGUAGUUUUAUGAACUCAUUAAUAAACUCUGUAUACAUCUGGAUGUUCACGAUCAUUACUAAAUUGAGAAACUAACUCAUUAGUUAGAUAAUUUUGAAGUAUUAAUAUAUAUUCAAUUAGAUUUUUCAAUCUAGAGAUAAAAUGACUGGUAAUUAAAAAUCAAUAAAAAAGUAUUCAAAAAACCUAGGAAAACAGUAUUUGAAGGACAUUCUCAACUACUCAAAUUAUGAGUUUUUAUUUGAAGAUGACUAAUAUUUAUAUUUGGUCAUUUAGUAUUUAAAUGGAUAAAAUAUUCAAAACUUGGCUUUCGAACAGUCCUUCUUUGGAUUACUUAAACUUUUAUACAAUUAUCACAAUAAAGGAUUAGCGUUGAAUCAUUUUUCUGUAAAACUAUAAGAUUUAUUUUAGGAAUCAAAUACCAUUUUGUUGGAUGAAAAUUAUAAUAUGGAAAUACUGGAUAAUUCUUAACUUAAAAGAAUUACUUAAGAUUAUCAAAAUGAAGUCUUGAAGGAUGUGGAAAUUAUCAAAAAUUAUUUAAUUUAAUAGUAACUUAACUUAUAUUAUUCAGAUUUCCCCUCAAACAAGAUGUCCUCUUAGAUGUUGUUAAUACUCCUUUCAACUCCGUACAGGAACUAUUAUUUAAUUCAUGUUUUAUUAAUUACUUUGGAGAGAGAAACUUUUUUGUGUUCCUAAAUGCAUAGCCAUAUUAACAGUUAGGCUAUCUCUCGUCUAAUCCGUAACUAAAUUUGCUUGAAACAUUCAACACUAUUAGAUCAAGCAUUAUGGAUUCAUCCGAUGAAUCAGAGGACGUCCAAUUAAUUAAUCAGUUUAAUUUUUGCCAAUCCCAGUUCGAAGACUCUCCAAUGCUCUCUCCUUAAUUGAAACCAAAACAUCAAUCAAGAUUAUCAAGUAGAUAAGUUGUGUUAGAAACUCUAUUAAAUGAACAUAUAAUUACACCUGAACAAUUCUAAUAGUUUUAUAAAGAAGAAGAUUUUCAGAACGAACAAGAAAUUAAUGAAUUCAGCGAAAUGCUCUCUAAGGAAAUCGAAAAUUCUUAACUAACAACCCCAAAUUAAAGUGAAGUAAUAUUAUUCAUAUAUUAUUAUUAGUCCACUGCUACUUGUCCUAAUACAGUCAUUAUUCACUCAAAAAAAAAUGUUGUUAAUCGCAUUUGCGAUAUAAUACAUGAAGCUUAAUAAGAAUUUAUUUAUGCAACUAAAAAACCAUAUAAUGUUAAUAAAGUUUAGAAUGUAAGGAAGAAUCUAUUCAAUCUGCAUUGAUCUUUUUAAUAUACCG